UGAUACUUGCUUUAAGCCAUUGAAUAAACUAAUGCUGUACUUGCAUAAAUCUAAACUCGUGAAUUCUGGUAUCAUGGGAAGUAUGCUUGAGUUAGGUAAAAUCAUUGGCAUUUGAUAUUUGUGAUCACAACUGCGCGGAGUGCAACUAGUCUAGAGUCGGAGGGUCAAAUAAUGCACUUAUUUUAUUUUCACCAACCAAUUGGUAUUGAUUCAUUUUGGAAAAGUGUCCGCAUUUUAUGUGAAGAUGUUUAAUAGUUUUGCCAAACUUCAAUUGGUGCUUCAACUACAGCUGCUGGAUGCUUCAACUGGGAAAUUGCAAUAACUUUUACUUCUCUAUGUGAAGCUUGGAGACUUGUUAUAAUAUUUUGCUGAUCUAACAAAAAGUGAGACUUAUUGGUGCUGAAAGGAGCCAGGGUAGACUAGAGGCAUACAAAGGAGGAUGGCUCCCAGUGUGCAGUUCCAACUGGAAUAAAGAGGACAGCAGUGAUGUGUGUAGCAUGCUGGGAUAUGGUACAAUGAACAAAACAAGUUCAAUAUCCGAGUCAUCACCUAGAUACCUAAUUGUCCAAGAACGCUUUGGUAACAUGUCAGAUUUAAAGUUUGCUAGAACUUGUAGAGGAAAAUAUGUGGUACAUCUUUCCUGCAACUUGGCAGAAUGUGGCACUAAAAGUAAAAACAACCCAUUGGUGCCAUUAAUUGUUGGUGGGAAUCAAGCUCAGUCAGGUGAUUGGCCAUGGCAAGUCGGCCUAGCAUAUUUAGGGUUUGCACAUUUUUGUGGUGGAGUACUGGUUGCGGAGGAAUGGGUGCUUACAGCAGGACAUUGUAUUGAUGUUUUGAGGUCACUUGGUAGAUUAUCAAGAACAUAUAUAUUAGCUGGUGCACAUGUUAGGGGUGCUAAAAGGCAAUGGUCACCAGUCUCUGCUUCUUUUAUGCACCCUGUAUAUGUACCAAGGACAGGAAUUGCUCAAACAAUGGAUAUUGGUUUGAUCAGAUUGGCAAGGAAGUUCAGAAUCACAGAUUAUGUUCGCCCAGUAUGCUUACCUUCAAAGGACCAUGAUUUUAGGGAUGAUGAUUCCCUAGAGUGUUACAUGUCUGGCUUCGGUUAUACCAAACCACAUGGGCCUGGAGCACAGAUUUUAGGGUACGCUAAGAUGGUCAUACAGCCAAAUUGUAGCUGGGCAUAUGAAGGAUGGCUUGAUACUCGCAAUUUAUUAUGUGCUGGUUAUGACACAGGGCACAUCUCCACCUGCCGUGGGGAUAGUGGUGGCCCACUAAUGUGUAGGUCACAUGACAACAAAUGGACUGUAGCUGGAAUUUCAUCCUUCUCGCUGACCACUUGCAUAAGCCAGUAUGGGUAUCCAUCAGCCUUCACAGAAGUUGCUAAAGCUGUACAAUGGAUUGAAAAAACAAUACAAGAAAACAGAUAGACAUAAACUACAUCAUUAUGAAGACUUCCUGCCAAUUUCUGCAGCUAUGAAAAUACCUACUCUAAUUUGUGCAUAUAUAUUAUAACAUUUGAAAGGGUUUCAUUAAAAUGAAUUUCUUCUAUCAUUAAGACUAUAUAUUUCAUCAAUAAAUGUUGAUGUUAUUUUGGAAAAACCAUAUACUGUAAUGUGAGAAUUGUACUUUGCAGUUUGCUUGUAUUCAAAUCAGUAUGUGUAAACAGAAUCAAAAUAUAAAGAAUUGCACAAUCAUAUCUGAGUUAUUUAUUUUUAGCAAGUAACAGGAAACAGUACAAAUUUAGAUCAAUUAAUAUUCUUGUCUGUGUACCAUGUUUAUUGAAAUUAUUACGGUUUUAGAUAUAGUUUUGUACUUAGAAAAGAUAAUACUGACGCAAUGGAAUAUUUAUUUUUAUUUGGUCAAUUAAAAUAUGGCUCUCAUUUUAAAGUAUGUCAUUAGGCUAUGAAAAUAAAAAAAUAAAAUGACAAAAAAUCUUUAGAAAUGUGGUUUGUUUAUUUCGUGGUAAAAUACAUUGAUCAUGUUUCUAAUUGUACUGUGUGCA